AUGGUGUCACCGCACGACCGCACGAGCAUCCCAACAAUGACGCUCUGCCACGAGUUCGGACCUAUUUCUCGGGCAAAGGCCAUACUCUCUACACACAGACGGACGAAACGCGUCUAUGCCUUCGAAGCCUCGCCGCACGCGCAGCUCGGGUACGAACACGCCCUGACCCCCGACGCGGCGGACGCGAACUUGACGUUGGACAGGGCCUGCUCGGGCUGCCGCCCACAAUCAGAACCGAUCGGAAAGGUGGGCGCGUACUAUCGUGAAUUCGAAGCUUGGGGCGAAGUCUUUUACACCGCCGGAUCUACUCACCACCGUCACCCGUCGGAAGGGACGUUCAUGUAUUUAGAUCUCAGACACGCCGCGCGCCACGGAGCGAGCCAGCAGAUCGAGGCCCGCGUGUUUGCGGCGAAGCGCGAUGCACGGUACGGUGACGUUCGACUCGGGCUGUGGGAAGCGGGCCAUGGAGGUGGGUCGUCCCUCCCCACCCGGAACGUUAUGCGUUCAUUUGUUACGGGUACCGUUGGUGCCUUUGUGGCUGCGUGUCUAUUGUGGGUUGUGGUGCUCGAUGUUCUGUCCGCUGCUGGACAGCUUAAGGCCUCCUCUUAA